AAAGGUUAAAAAAUCCAAAGAUGCAUUAAUUAACGAGAACAUGGGGAUGAGAGGACCUUGUUAUCAUGUCAGCACAAGACUAGUCAGUCCAUGUGCAUCUGGAACACCCCCUAAGUUACUAACAAAACUGUUGCAAACACUGAAAGUAACCCCAAAGUGCUCUGAUUAAUAAUAAUUAAUAACCAUAUGUUAAGCCUAGCUAGGCUAGCUAGCUGAUAUGGCUAUAAAUAGAAACGUCCUCGCAAUGUUUGUUUGGUGCAAUGGGAGUGAGAAUGGGUCGUCUUCAACUUACUCUUUGCCUCACCUUUCUGCUUAUGGCCACGGUAACGUUUGGUGUACCUCCUAGAAAGCCCAUUGAUGUUCCUUUCGGCAGGAACUAUUUCCCCACUUGGGCUUUUGAUCACAUCAAGUAUCUCCAUGGCGGUUCUGAAGUGCUUCUCGUCCUCGACAACUACACUGGUACUGGCUUUCAGUCAAAAGGUUCUUACUUGUUUGGCCACUUCAGUAUGCAUAUAAAGAUGGUUCCUGGCGACUCUGCCGGAACUGUAACCGCCUUCUAUUUAUCAUCACAGAACUCACAACAUGAUGAGAUAGACUUUGAGUUCCUAGGGAACAGAACCGGCCAGCCUUACAUUUUGCAGACGAACGUGUUCACAGGAGGCAAAGGAAACAGAGAGCAGAGGAUCAACCUCUGGUUUGACCCUUCCAAGCACUAUCACUGCUAUUCUGUUCUCUGGAAUAUGUAUCAGAUUGUAUUCUUUGUGGAUGAUGUUCCCAUACGAGUGUUCAAGAACAGCAAAGACAUUGGGGUGAAGUUUCCAUUCAACCAGCCGAUGAAGAUAUAUUCGAGCCUGUGGAAUGCAGAUGACUGGGCCACAAGGGGAGGGUUAGAGAAGACCAACUGGAAAAAGGCUCCUUUCAUCGCCUCCUACAGAGGCUUCCACGUUGAUGGAUGUGAGGCUUCGGUGAAUGCUAAGUUCUGCGAGACGCAAGGGAAACGUUGGUGGGAUAAGAAGGAGUUCCAAGACUUGGAUGCUAAACAGUACAAGCGUCUCGAAUGGGUUCGUAAGAGAUACACUGUCUAUAACUAUUGUACCGACCGUAUCAGGUUUCCUAAGCCUCCUCCUGAGUGCCGCAGAGACCGUGACAUUUAGUGUUUUUCAGAGUUCAUCUUAUAUAUUUUCCCAGUCGUUGUAUCAUAGCUUUCGAGCUAGAGAAACUUGAAUUGUUACAAUGGUACUUGUGAUGUAAACUAAUUAACAACCAUUCAC